AGUGUUUUAAUGCAGUAGUUGUUUUUUGAUUUGAGCAAUAAAGGAGGAUUGUCGAGUCAUUACGGUAGUGCCGACUAAACGGUAUGAUUGUUAUCGCGGUUUCUGUUGAGAAAGUGAUUAACGUUCAUUUUAUUUCCGUGACCGGCUGCCGAUUAAUCACCGGCCUGCAGGAUACGCGAAUCACGUGGAGGGAUGAAGAAAGCGAUGCCGAUCGAGGAGAUAGGAAAAGUGCGUAAACGUUUCUAUGAAUUGGCCCUCUCUUGAUCCCGGACGAUGAUUUUGCUCAGCGCCGUUCGCGGGGCAUCACUUGUCGACUUGUUGCUUUUGAACAAGCCGAUAGACAUUUUCACGGGUCGACGCGUUUGAACUUUCAGUACCGGAGAGCCGAUUUAACUGUGGAGGGAACAUAAUGGCGACUGGUACUGCAAGAGUCAUUUCUUGAAACGUGUACCGUUGCGUCCUUGCAGGUCGUUUCCGCCUGCCUUACCUCUAAUAAUAUUCAAACUAAAUUUCUCUGCGAAUCGGAUAUCAAUUGAGUGAUUGUAGGAUAUACCCAUCGCAAGUAAAUUUCUACGGGGCGAAAAUUAACCGGAACUAAAAAUACAUCCUUUUCAGAGGAGUAAAUGUUUACACACGUCGUACAAUUUAACCACACGAAGUUCUAUGAAAACAACCAAUUGCCUAUGAUCUUCCCGAGGUCCUUGCAAUUUUUCAAACGAAGUCAUACUAGCCGAUGUAUUCGUCAUUAUCCUUCACCAAUAGUGUUUUUUCUAUACAAACAUUCAAUGAACCAACGAAAUAGUCCUUUUAACAGUACCAGAGAAAUAUUCCGUUAAUUACAAGAAUAAUGAUUUGACUUUAAUAAAUCUAAAUAAAGUGUUAUAAUUCCGAAGAAAUUUUGCAUACAAUUUAUCCCAGUUCGUUCGAGUCAAAUAACGAUACAUUUAAUUAACAAAAAUAUUCCUUUGCCACUGUUCAAAUACCUAUUCGUUCAAUGAGAUUUUUUCUUCAGUUUCAUUAGCCGAUGUCACUUUCUUUUCUAUACCGCAGUUCUUUUUUUUGAGGUUUAAUUUUACAGAGUUGCCUCCAAAUGACAUAUUUCAUGCGGUAAUUCAAAUUAGCACGGAAUGUUUCUAAAUGGACGGACAACAUUCACAUUGCGUUGUUGUUUCUUUUUCUUUUUCCUUAAGUAUCUGGUGAAACGUUCUUUUCGAGAAAUACGCAGUUAUUCUUUAAUAUGUCUGGCGCGUCGUUGAAAACAAUGCCCCGCCAUGUUGUCGUCUCCGCAUAAAUCGGCUCCGAGAGCACAGUUCUUGCCAAGAGAGAUAGCGAUUACUGGCAAGAGGAGCGAGCAGAUAAGGGGGCGGCUCACGUGUCGAGCGUAGCGCUCGCGGGCUUCUCACGUGAUAAGCGGGCCGCGCGCUCGCAGCGCCAUCUCUGGCCCUCGGACGAGCGGUCGAGUUACGUACAAGUUGCGCGCCAGCUGGGCUCGGGCAAUCAUUCGAGACCGCGCAGCAUCCCGAGGAGGUUCUCUCGGCCGCCUCUCCCCGACUCGCGCCCUCGCGUGCCGGGAACUUUACCUACGGAGUAAAUCGUGGUGAAAACUCAAAGCGACUGGGCGGACCCGAUUAACCGAUCGCGUAUAAAUAAUAACGUAACAAUCCAGGAACAGCCGAAAACGGGGAUAUUUAAUACACUUAAUAAUUUGAACCUCUCUGCAGGAGGGGAACGUAAGCCGCCGAAAAUAAAACGGAGCCCCAGUGACGCACGAGACGUGUCUCGAGAAGUUUCUACGAUUUGAGCUCGCAAUUAAGGCGAUGACAUGUCCUUUUUAUGUAUCGUUUUAAUGUUAAAGAUAUAAUCUGUUGAGGAAAGUUGGCUUGUGGAACUGAGACCUUUUACCUCGUGAACGAUAUUGUGGUUGUGAUUUAAACGGAUUAACUGGAGUAGGGCACCUCGAGAGACGGAUGACUCUCAUUGUCGAAGCGCAGGUGAAGAGCGCAAGAGCUGAUUUACCGUUUUCGGGAAUCCUGGCUUUCGGCGAGUCCUUUCGAGAGGAGACUUUCGAAAGUGACGGGGCUCUUUCUUCGGUGUACUCGGACACGAUGGUUACCCACAGUAUGGACAAUAUUUUGAGUAUGCAGUACUAUGCGCCGCCGAAAACCGAGGAGGGCGCUCUGCAUUCGCCCUCUCGGAAGAAGAGGUGCUUCAAUAAGGAGCAAGAUCCGAUGUCUCAUAGGAUCAUCGAGAAGCGGAGGAGAGAUCGCAUGAACAAUUGCCUGGCAGAUCUGAGCAGACUGAUCCCUGCAGAAUACUUGAAGAAGGGUCGAGGACGCGUCGAGAAAACGGAGAUCAUCGAGAUGGCGAUUCGUCAUAUGAAGCAUCUCCAAGGCCUUCGACAAGAUACGAAACAUCCUGCAGUCAAUUCCAUGCAUGCUCACACCGAAGACAGUGUCGACAGUGUUUCGCAUUCGGCAACUACAUCAACAGCAGCUGAACAUUAUAGGCUAGGAUUCCAAGAGUGCCUCAGCGAAACAAUGCAUUUCCUCGUCGAGGUGGAGGGUUUCUUUGCGAGGGACUCUUUAUGCGUGCAGCUGAUCAGCCAUCUGCAACAACACUGCGAGAAAAUCAUCGCGACAAGCGACAGAUUGGGUUUCCCACACCCGGAGAUGCCGACGUCAAAUGGCCUCACAGGUUCGAGCUUCGCUCACGCCGCCAUUCCGACGAUUUGUCCUUCGAACAGCCACUCGGACCGAGGCUCCAGCUCGGGGGUGAGCUCCUUCGGGGAUCCUGAACGUCCACGUCCGAUAAUUCCCCCGCCGACCGUGGUCAGCGACGACAGCAACCACAGCAACCACUCCCAUAGCACCCCCCCGACGUCCAGCAGACCGCCGAACUACAAGUUCAAGAGCUCCAUCAAGCAGAGAUUCUCCGCAGAGCGAAUCAAGUCUAGUCCCCCGCCGACAUCGGAAAAGCCCCAUGGAGUGCCGAUAUUCGCCCUCCACGACGGAGGCGCCUUCUACGUGCCCCUUACUGUGGAGUCCUCCCUCCUGAGGCCACAUCUCACGUUCAUCCCCGACACCGGACCGGACACGGUUCUCCAUCCUGUGACAAUUUCGGUCAACUUCAACCAUUCGACCUCUCCCUCGUGGCCACAGCUUAGUCCGACCCAUCAGCAAGCAUAGGGACGAGAUAUCGUUCGCUGAGAAAUCACGAUAUGCAUCAGUUCCGAUGUCCCGUCGUCCUGGCAGAGAAGAAGGUGCUGAUCAGCUGAUCACCUCCUCCUGAGCGAUUCGAUUUGAGCACAUGUAAAGAUGGCGUUUCGGAGGUCUUCUUUGACGGAUGACUUCUGGGUUUCGCAUAUGGAUUUUCGUUAUGGGAAUUCUCAUUAUCGUUCUCGUCUCCACGAUCAUCGGCGAGCGUAGGGUUGCGAUUAUUUUUUUACCGAGGAAAUUGUCGCUUCGCCCGCGACGAACGGAGCACUUUGUGUACUCUUUUCGAGAACGGCCGUCGAGGGCGCAUUAGUUAAUUGCAAAGGAGUGCUUUCCUUGUCCCGAGGGGCAUCAUUUGUUGGUGUAGGUCUCUGCGCUUGAAAUGCACCGACUGUGAUUUGUGACUGGCAUGCAAUCAUGAGUUUCAAGCGCGCGGAGAUGUGCAUUUAACAAUGUGUUCUUUUAGUAUUGUUCGGAGGCGGUUUUGUCACGUUGCACGGUUCGCGAGAGGUAUGUAAAUGGUGCAAUGGGGGAGUUUGCUCCACGGAGGUGGUUUCUCCUUAGCCGGGAUAUUUCCUGUUACCGAUUCGAAUUAGUCGGUACUGUUUCCUUUUUUUUUUCCAAUUAGAUCCCCAAAUCGAGAUUUUCUCAUUGGUCUCCGAGACCAAGUUUGGUCCUGAAUUCUUUCUUUGUUUCGCUCCAUAUUGUUGCGAAUUCUGUUCUAUGCAAGGAAUGGCUAUGGUUUCACGCUUACUGGCGGAGUCUACGAAUUUACAAGAAUGAUCUCUGUGUCAUGGUAUUCUUGCUGUAGAUUCGUACUUUUCGCCACUUAGACGUUAAAAGCUCUUCGCCUAAGUUCCGCGCUCCAGGGCGUAAAAGGCGUGACGAGCGUGCCUUAAAAUUAUCGUUUAUAUGCUACAAUCCCGUCUUUGCGAUUAAGUGAUCGUUAUCAUCGUACAAAUUCCGGCCCAACCAGGAGACCCUUUUCCGCGAUAAGUUAAGGUAGAGAAAUUCCCAUUAAGUUAAACGAUUGGCCACUGAUGAUCGGCACGUUUCCUCGCGAGAUAUAGCCCCUACGGUUCUCAAUUAUAACCCGAGGAUGUAUAUUUUUGCGUAUGUCACGUCAAUGCUCACAGUCGUUCUUAGAAUGUUGAACGAGAGGAAGGGAACCAUUCCGUCGUGUAAUUCGUUCGUGCGGUUUCUACAAAUUCCGUGACUGAUUCUUGCUGGCGAUUGGUCGCGUUUCCGCCGAGGAAGACUGUGAGCCCUGGCGAUAUGAGAAUAUAAGAUAGAAAUAGCUCGACAAAUUGCUGUAUAUAAAAUAUUAGGCGAGCCGAGCGUACAAGAGACGUAAGUUUUCCAGGUCGAGCCCGAAGAACCGUGCGUUGAUCGAAGAUGAUCUAUCCGAAAGGUCUGCUCGGCGGUCCGCGGCGGGCCUCAGCAACUAAAGACUGACCGAGACCUGCAUUACCCUAAAUUCUUAUAAGAUCGUUGCAUUAAAUAUAUAUUUGUACAUACACCCCGCACGUCUAGUUGUAAACUCUUAACGAGACCGAUAGGCAUUCUGGGAAGAGAGGAAGUAAUUUACGCUAAAUAAAUUAUAUUUAACGAAACGUCGACGAGUCGGAGAGCGUUAAGUGGUCCCUCCUGCACCGAGGAGGAAUUAUUUCUUUAAACGGGAUUAAAGAAGCUUUAACAUAAAAUCCAACCAUAUAGUCUUCGCUUAAAAAUGCCGGAUAUUUAAAACUUCGACGCGUCCCGUCGAUCGAACACCUCAGGUCUUAAGAUAAUGAAGUAAGGUGUCGAAGCUGUAUGUCUCGUUUCUUUAACUCCAUUGAAAGAAAUAAUUUCCUUGGAAGAAAAAAAAAAAACAAAAGAUCCUUUUAUAAAGAUAUUUGAUUGGCUCAGUUCAGUGAAAUGAAAUGUGCUUCGGUACCUAAGAAACCAUUUCUUUCGACGGAUCGAACGGAAAUCUUCCACUGUUAUUUGUUGCAAUUAAACGCGUUACAGUUUUGCAGGAA